GUGUUGGAAAAAGUUCGUUAUUAUUACGGUUUGCUGAUAACACUUUUACUGGAAAUUAUAUCACAACUAUUGGUGUAGACUUCAAGAUACGUACAUUAGAAGUAGAUGGUGCAAGAGUGAAAUUACAAAUAUGGGAUACUGCUGGCCAAGAACGAUUUAGAACAAUCACAUCCACGUAUUAUCGAGGCACACAUGGUGUAAUUGUUGUAUACGAUGUUACGAAUGGCGAAAGUUUUGCGAAUGUGAAACGAUGGCUUCAUGAAAUAGAACAGAAUUGUGAAGUAGUCAACAGAAUAUUAGUUGGCAACAAAAAUGACUGUCCUGAUAGGAAAGUGGUAUUGUAUGAGGAUGCUAAAAGAUUUGCUGAUCAGAUGAACAUCAGUCUCUUUGAAACUAGUGCAAAGGAUAAUAUUAAUGUUGAAGAGAUGUUCACAGUAAUGACUAGGAUGGUACUGCAAGCUAAGAAGGAACAGAAAGACAGACAGAAUGCAUCAAAUGACCCUGUACGACUCCAUAGUACUAAAAAGAGCAAAGGGAAGCAGAAAUGCUGCUAGCACUCAUACAUGUUCAUUUCAUCGGAACCAAGGGUGGUGGUGCGUGUGGCAUCACAAUCGCAAGAGUGAUUAGAUUUUUCUCCUAAUUUAAUGUAUGAAUGCUUUAUCUUUUGAGAGGUAUUUUAUACUUCACAUAAUGUGCGCAUGGAAGUGUAUUUUUGUGUGAGUGACUUUGUGUACAAGAUUAUGUAAAACUAUAUGAAAGACUGAUUAAAUUUUUCAUCUUUUA